AUGGCUCGCCAGAUCCUCCAAGUCGUCACGGCGGCCCUGCUGCUGGGCGCGACGGCGGCCAUUGAGCCGCCUCGCCCGCCGCACCAACCAGUCGGAGGCGGCGACCGUUUGGUGACGUGGAACGAAACAGUCGUCUCCCCACGAUUCGGCGCCAGCUCCCGAUCCGUCAGUUGGCUGUCGGGCACUGAGGAUGGUCGGUUCAUCACGCUCUCGAAUAAUAGUCUCGUGAUAGAAGAUAUCAUUUCGGGAGGGAUCGAGACAUUCGUGGCCGCCGACAAGAUCCCCGAUUAUGCCGAGUACUGGAUCCGGCCUGAUCUUAAAAAGAUCCUCUUCGCGACCAACUACACUAAGCAGUACCGCUACUCCUACUUCGCCGAUUACUCCAUCCUCGACGUGGAAUCUGGCGUUCUCGAGCCGUUGGUCGAGGAUCAAGUGGGUGACAUUCAAUACGCUGAGUUCGCUCCCGUCGGCGACGCCAUUGCGUUCGUUCGAAACAACAACCUGUUCCUUAGCAAGAACGGUACCAUCUCCCAGAUCACGAACGACGGUAGUCCAGACCUUUUCCACGGCGUGCCUGAUUGGGUGUACGAAGAGGAAAUCUUCGGUGAUAGAAGCACUCUGUGGUUCUCCCCCGAUGGAGAGUACCUUGCCUACCUCAGUUUCAACGAGACGGGCGUCGAUACUUUCACCAUCCCCUACUUCAUGGGCAACCAAAAGAUCGCACCUCCUUACCCCGUCGAGCUCGACUUGCGAUACCCUAAAGUCGGCAGCAAGAACCCCACCGUUGCGCUGACUCUCUUGGAUCUCGAGACCCAGGAGACGACGCCCGUCGCCAUUGAGGCAUUCCCUGCCGAUGACUUGGUCAUUGGCGAGGUUAAGUGGUUGACUGCCGAUCACGCCAGCGUUGCUUACCGUGCUUUCAACCGCGUCCAAGACAAGGAAAAGCUUGUCCGCGUUGACAUCGAGGGCUACACGUCCAAGGUUAUCCGUGAGCGUGAUGGCUCCGACGGAUGGCUGGACAACAAUCUCGGCAUCCAGUACCUCGGACCUCUGCAAAACUCCACCGACGCCUACUUCCUGGACCUCUCUGACGAGUCUGGCUGGAGCCACCUUUACCUCUACCCAGUCAAUGGCGGUAGCCCGAUUCCCUUAACCAGCGGCGAGUGGGAGGUCUCCUCCGUGCUCAAGAUCGACACGAAGCGACACCUCAUCUACUACCUCUCUACUGAGCACCACAGCACCGAGCGCCACCUCUACUCCGUCUCGUACCCCUCCGGGCGCAAGAAGGCUCUCGUCGACGAUACUGUUGCCGGAUACUGGAGCGCUUCGUUCUCUUCCUCGGCCGGUUACUACAUCUUGACCUACCAAGGCCCCAACGUUCCUUACCAGGAGCUCUACGCCAUUAACUCCACCCAGCCCAUCAAGACCAUCACCAGCAACGAGGCCCUCGUGACCCGCCUGCAGGAGUACAAGCUCCCCAACAUCACCUACCUCGAGCUCAAGCACCCUGACGGCUACAGCCUCAACGUCAUGCAGCGCCUCCCCGCCAACUUCGACCCUUCCAAGAAGUACCCUGCCCUGUUCACCCCCUACGGCGGCCCUGGCGCCCAGGAGGUCACGAAGCGCUACCAGUCCAUCAACUGGCGUGCCUUCAUCGCUUCGGACCCGGAGCUCGAGUACAUCACCUACACCGUCGACAACCGCGGCACGGGCUACAAGGGCCGCGAGUUCCGUUCCACCGUCGCCGGCCACCUCGGUCGUCUGGAGCCCCUCGACCAGAUCUGGGCCGCCGAGCAGCUCUCGUCGCAGAACAGCUUCGUCGACGCCGACAAGAUUGGGAUCUUUGGCUGGUCGUACGGUGGCUACCUCGCCGCCAAGGUCCUCGAGGCCGACUCGGGCGUCUUCUCCUCGGGUCUCAUCGUCGCGCCCGUCAGCGACUGGCGUUUCUACGAUUCGCUAUACACCGAGAGGUACAUGAAGACGCUGGAGACCAACGAGGAGGGGUACAACGAGACCGCCGUCCGCAAGGCCGACGGCUUCAAGAACCUGGCGGGCGAGUUCACCAUCUUGCACGGCACUGGCGACGAUAACGUCCACUACCAGAACGCCGCGGCGCUCAUCGACCUCUUGGUCGGCGCCGGCGUGCCCCAGUCCAAGAUGAACUGGCUGGCUUUCACGGAUAGCGACCACAGCAUCGUCUACAACGGCGCCAACAUCUGGCUGUACAAGUACUUGACUGAGGCUCUCUUCAGGGAGAAGCAUCGUUCUGGUGACAAGUUGGUUCACCAGUGGAGCAAGAAGAGCGAGGGAGUGAACUUCGACUUUGAAAGGUCGUAA